GACCCCGGGCCCAGCGGGAGCAAGUACGCCGAACUCCUCCAGCCAUGCCGUCUCGUUUCUCGAAGAACCGCAAGAAGCGGGGGCACGUCUCGGCGGGCCACGGGCGUGUCGGGAAGCACAGGAAGCAUCCUGGCGGGCGGGGUAACGCCGGUGGACAGCACCACCACCGUAUCCUCUUCGACAAGUUCCACCCUGGGUACUUCGGAAAGGUGGGUAUGCGCCACUUCCACGUGUUGCGCAACCGGGAACACUGCCCCAUUGUGAACCUCGACAAGCUGUGGUCCAUGCUGCCCGAGGGGACCAUGGAACAGGCCAAAGCUGGCGACGGAAAGGCACCGGUCAUCGAUGUGACCGACAACGGCUACUUCAAGGUGCUGGGCAAGGGAAAGCUCCCCGCAGUGCCCAUCAUCGUGCGCGCCAAGGUCUUCAGCAAGCUCGCCGAGCAGAAGAUCAAGGCGGCAGGAGGAGCAUGCCUACUCUCCGCUUAGGCAUCGCCACUUUGACGAUUGCUUGGCAGCUGCAACAACCCUUGCCGGUCUCUACUGGGUUCUGGAUAUGUAGUGCAUGUGUCUGGUAUAUCCGCAGAGAACACGGUAUGGGUGGAGUAGGGCACGGGGGCUGGUGGGUUUUUGGUGUGGUGGAGAUCGGUUGUUGAUUGUCCCGUAGGAGGCGUACACGCGGCGUACCGCUCCUCGCCGGCCGCUUCUGAUAAGGCCGGCGUCGGGUACAGCAGUGCUGCUGCUGCUGCUGCUGUGGUGGUGGUGGUGUUGAUGGGCGUCCAAUGUAAAUGUCGCCGGGCAUCAGCCGAAGAACUCACGCACAAGAAUAAAAGAAAAAAACACAACAUCCGUGACUGUUUGCGAUGAGUUGUGUGCCGUGGCAGCCGGUCGGUCCUCCCUCCCGACUGUUUGGUCAACGUGAACCACGCUCGAUUGUUGCAGUCGUGCACUGUGGAGACCCCGCCAAUGUCGGAUUUCCCUUAUCUUUUUAGGCUUGCGCGACGUCGUUGGCCGU